CCUUAGGGACGCCGGGAUUGUCUGUGCUGUAGGUUCCGCGCGGGCCUUGGCCACGGGGCGCGCUGGAGUCGGUUGGAGUCCGGGCAUGGCCCGGAGCCACCUGGCUCCAUUGCUGACCCCUCUAAUGUUGAUAGGUCUGGUGUCCCCUACUCAGAUCAACCCAGACUACCAGUACUUUGGCCAGCAGGGUGAAGGUGACACCUGGGAGCUGCUGAGGCUGCAGCGACAAAAGGGUAAACUAGCAGGCGGGCGGGAUUGACGGUAUGGGAAGGUGUCCCCCGAACCCCCGAAGGCCUCACUUGGCCUGGGCCCUACAAACAGACCCUCUGUGGCUGACUUCAAAUCUCUGCUCAGCUCAGCACAGGCUGUGUCCCAAAGGACUGGGCACUUUUCUCUGAGCGCGUUGGUUUCUCAUCUUAGUGGAAGACUCAGUCCUAGGCCCGUGGGGAAAGUGGCGUUGUUUCUGCAGUCUGGGCAAACAGGAACGCAGCCGUCAGGUGUUGGGCCCAGCACCAGUCCCUGUGUUCAUGGACCGAGAGGACCUGGUACAGUUGAGGCCGUGCCGGCAGCAGGACUGCUCAGCUUGCAACCCGAUGGACUGCAACUGGAGGCCCUGAGCAGAGUCACUGAGGGCCAGGCUCCAGCAGCAACGGGGCGGAGCUUACAAAGUGACCCUGCCCUCCCUCGAUUACAAACCACACCCUUAGUGAUAGUCCUGGAAGACUACAAUUCCCAGGAGAGAGCACGACAGCGGCGACAGCAGCGCGUGCGUAAGCGUCCACGCCAGAGAGCACGUAGGGGGCGAGUCCUGCGAGCCGAUUGGUCAGCAUCAAGAGCCGCUGCUGUAUUCGCGGAAAACGCGCGCUGGGAUCUGCGCCUGCAGUACUGUUUUCUACGGUUGUUGGCUGUCGCAGAGGCGGCAUGGAUCUCAGCGAACUGGAGAGGGACAAUACAGGCCGUUGUCGCCUGAGUUCUCCUGUACCUGCUGUGUGCCUCAAGGAGCCGUGCGUCCUGGGCGUGGAUGAAGCGGGCCGGGGUCCUGUGCUUGGUCCCAUGGUCUACGCCAUCAGUUACUGCCCCCUGUCCCGCCUGGCAGAUCUGGAGGCCCUGAAAGUGGCAGACUCAAAGACCUUGACAGAGAACGAGCGGGAGAGGCUCUUUGCGAAAAUGGAAGAGGACGGAGACUUUGUGGGUUGGGCUUUGGACAUCCUGUCUCCAAACCUGAUCUCUACCAGCAUGCUUGGGCGGGUCAAGUACAACCUCAACUCUAUGUCUCACGACACAGCCGCGGGGCUGAUACAGCAUGCGAUGGAUCAGAAUGUGAAAGUCACCCAGGUGUUUGUGGACACUGUAGGAAUGCCAGAGACAUACCAGGCUCGACUACAGCAGCGAUUUCCAGGGAUCGAGGUGACAGUCAAGGCCAAAGCUGACUCCCUGUUCCCUGUGGUCAGUGCUGCCAGCAUCAUUGCCAAGGUGGCCCGAGACCAGGCUGUGAAGAACUGGCAAUUUGUGGAGAGUUUACAGGGUCUGGACUCUGAUUAUGGCUCAGGCUAUCCCAAUGAUCCCAAGACCAAAGCCUGGCUGAGGAAACAUGUGGACCCUGUGUUUGGCUUCCCCCAGUUUGUACGGUUCAGUUGGAGCACAGCCCAGGCCAUCCUGGAAAAGGAGGCAGAAGGUGUCACCUGGGAAGACUCAGCAGCUGAGGAGGAUCCCGAGGGACCCGGAAGAAUCACCUCCUACUUCAGCCAGGGCCCGCAGGCCUGCCGCCCUCAGGUCUCCCACAGAUACUUCCAGGAGCGAGGCCUGGAGACAGCCACCAGCCUCUAGGAGCCAAUGUACCUCCCCUUCUAACUCACAAUAAAAGCUGUUCAAGAA